GGGAGUGAGUGAGUGAACCAUGGACAAGUUGAAGUGUCCCAGCUUCUUCAAGUGCAGAGGGAAGGAGAAGGUGACAGCUUCAUCGGAGAAUUUCCAUGUUGGUGAAAAUGAUGAGAAUCAGGACCGUGGUAACUGGUCCAAAAAGUCAGAUUAUCUUCUCUCCAUGGUUGGAUAUGCAGUGGGACUGGGAAAUGUCUGGAGAUUCCCAUAUUUGACCUACAACAAUGGUGGAGGUGCUUUCUUGAUUCCAUAUGCUAUUAUGCUGGCACUGGCUGGUUUACCUUUGUUCUUCCUGGAAUGUUCACUGGGACAAUUUGCUAGUUUAGGUCCAGUUUCAGUUUGGAAGAUUCUUCCACUGUUUCAAGGUGUGGGAAUUACAAUGGUCCUGAUAUCCAUUUUUGUCACAAUCUAUUAUAAUGUCAUAAUUGCCUAUAGUCUUUACUACAUGUUUGCUUCUUUUCGAAGUGAAUUACCAUGGAAAAAUUGUUCUGAUUGGGCAGAUAGUAACUGUAGCAGAUCCCCUAUAGUGGCAUACUGCAAUGUGAAUACACAGUCAGGAAUAAUUUAUGUGAAUAAAAGCUGGGUUGAUGACAACAAUUUUAGCUGCAUCAAUGGAAGUGAAGUUUAUCAGCCAGGGCAACUUCCCAGCGAACAAUAUUGGAAUAAAAUGGCGCUCCAACGGUCAAGUGGAAUAGAUGAGACUGGAGUCAUUGUGUGGUAUUUAGCACUUUGUCUUCUUCUGGCUUGGCUCAUAGUUGGAGCAGCAUUAUUUAAAGGAAUCAAGUCUUCUGGCAAGGUGGUAUAUUUUACAGCUAUUUUCCCCUAUAUUGUCCUACUCAUCCUGUUAAUUCGAGGUGCAACUCUGGAAGGAGCAUCAAAAGGCAUUUCAUACUAUAUUGGAUCACAGUCAAAUUUUACAAAACUUAUGGAAGCUGAGGUUUGGAAAGACGCUGCUACUCAAAUAUUUUACUCCCUCUCAGUGGCUUGGGGUGGCUUAGUUGCUCUGUCAUCUUACAAUAAGUUCAAUAACAACUGCUUCUCAGAUGCCAUAGUAGUUUGCUUGACAAACUGCCUCACUAGUGUGUUUGCUGGAUUUGCUAUCUUUUCUAUUUUGGGACACAUGGCUCAUAUAUCUGGAAAGGAAGUCUCUCAGGUUGUAAAAUCAGGUUUUGAUCUGGCAUUCAUUGCUUAUCCAGAAGCUCUAGCUCAACUCCCAGGUGGGCCAUUCUGGUCCAUAUUAUUUUUCUUCAUGCUUUUGACUUUGGGACUUGACUCUCAAUUUGCCUCAAUUGAAACGAUUACAACAACAAUUCAAGAUUUAUUCCCCAAAGUUAUGAAGAAAAUGAGGAUUCCUAUUACCUUGGGUUGCUGCUUGGUCUUGUUUCUUCUUGGUCUCGUCUGUGUGACUCAGGCUGGAAUUUACUGGGUUCAUCUGAUCGAUCACUUCUGUGCUGGAUGGGGAAUUUUAAUUGCAGCUAUACUGGAAAUAAUAGGAAUCAUCUGGAUUUAUGGAGGGAACAGAUUCAUUGAAGAUAUAGAAAUGAUGAUUGGAGCAAAACGGUGGAUAUUCUGGCUAUGGUGGAGAGCUUGUUGGUUUGCCAUUACACCUAUUCUUUUGAUUGCAAUUUUUAUCUGGUCACUGGUGAAAUUUCAUCGGCCUGUAUAUGCUGAAAUACCAUACCCUAAUUGGGCAGUGGCUCUAGGCUGGUGUAUGAUUAUUUUCUGCAUUAUUUGGAUUCCAAUUAUAGCCACUGUAAAAAUAAUUCAAGCUAAAGGAAACAUCUUUCAACGCAUUGUAAGCUGUUGCAGACCAGCUUCUAACUGGGGCCCAUACUUGGAAAGACAUCGUGGGGAGAGAUAUAAAGACAUGGUAGAUCCUAAUAAAGAAACUGACCAUGAAAUACCUACAGUUAGUGGAAAUAGAAAACCAGAAUGAGUUGCAAUUUUUAAACAUUUAUUUGGUUGUGUAAUGUGAUUCUUUUAAAAUAGAGGAAGGUUUUAUUUAUUUGUGUUUUAAUUUAGUUAAGAUGUAUAUACUAUGUUCAUAAUAGUAUCACCUUUUCCACCAUUUUAACAGGAAUGUAAUAUAAAAUGUGAAUCUACUAGCAUUUAACAAUGUUCUUAUUAUAUUUCUACUUAGAUUCUGU